AUGCUUCGAACACGAUUCAUCAACAGCGUCAACAGCGCACGAGCAAUGUCUCGAAACAUCAACACCCUGUCGCAAUUCCCUUACCCCACCCUUCAGCAAGAGGAGAGCUUCUUCAAGAGCCAGGUCGAGGACAUUGAAAAGUGGUGGGCCUCUCCUAGAUAUGAGGGCAUCAAGCGACCCUACACCGCCGAGAAGGUGGCCAUCCACCGAGGUACUCUCCCCCAGACCUACGCAUCUUCCGUCCAGGCCGAGAAGCUCUUCAACAUCUUCACCGAGCGAGGCAAGCAGGGUCUUCCUGUCCACACAACCGGUUCUGUCGACCCCGUCCAGAUGACACAGAGCGCACCUCAUCAGGAGGUGGUUUACAUUUCCGGCUGGGCCUGUUCGUCCCUGUUGACUACCACCAACGAGGUGUCACCUGAUUUCGGAGACUACCCUUACGACACCGUUCCCAACCAGGUUGAUCGAAUCUUCCGAGCCCAGGGUCUUCACGACAAGAAGGCGUGGCACGAGUGGAUGUCUCUGUCCCACGAGGAGCGAGUCAAGCGAGACCAGGAGGGCAAGGGCCGAAUCGAUUACCUGCGACCCAUCAUUGCCGACGCUGACACCGGCCACGGCGGUCUGUCUGCCGUUAUGAAGCUGGCCAAGCUUUUUGCCGAGCGAGGCGCUGCUGCCAUCCAUCUCGAGGACCAGCUGCACGGCGGUAAGAAGUGCGGUCACCUUGCUGGCAAGGUCAUUGUGCCCACCGGCUCUCACAUUUCCCGACUCAAUGCCACCCGAAUGCAAUGGGACAUCAUGGGCUGCUCCAACCUGGUGAUUGCCCGAACCGAUUCCGAGUCUGCCAAGCUGCUUUCUUCUGCUGCCGAUCCCUCCGACCACGAGUACAUCCUCGGUGUCGUCAAGCCCAUCAAGCCCCUGGCCGAGGUCCUCCUCACCGCCGAGGCCAACGGCGCCACUGCCGAUAUGGUCAACAAGCUCGAGCUCGAGUGGACCAAGGAGGCCGAGAUGAUGACCUACGACGAGGCCGUGCAGCGAGCCCUGACCGAGGCCGGCAAGUCCGACAAGAUCGAGGAGUACCUGACCAAGGCCAAGGGCAAGUCCAACUUUGAGGCCCGACAGAUUGCCGACGAGCUGGCCGGCAAGCACAUUUUCUUCGACUGGGACGCUCCCAAGACCCGGGAGGGCCACUACCAUGUCCAGUGCGGCAUUGAGCCUGCCAUCAAGCGAGCUCUGGCCUUUGCUCCUUACGCCGAUCUCAUCUGGCUCGAGACCAAGACCCCCGACCUUGCCCAGGCCCAGGCCUUUGCCAAGCGAAUCCGAGAGAAGUUCCCCGGCAAGUGGCUGGUGUACAACCUGUCACCUUCCUUCAACUGGUCUGCCCAUGGCUACUCCGACGAGCAGCUGAAGUCGUUUGUGUGGGACCUGGCCAAGUCUGGCUUUGUCAUGCAGCUCAUCUCUCUGGCCGGCCUGCACUCCAACGCCGUCGCCACCCAUGAGCUCUCCACCCGAUUCAAGACCGAGGGAAUGAAGGCAUACGUGGACCUUGUCCAGCGAAAGGAGAAGGAGCUUGGAUGUGACGUCCUGACCCACCAGAAGUGGUCCGGUGCCAACUACCUGGACUCCAUCAUCUCCACUGUCCAGUCCGGAUCUUCCGGCACCUCUUCCACCGGUGGCGACUCCACCGAGAACCAGUUUUAA